AUGUUUUCCGUGAUCAAACACAGAUGCGCAACUCCCUCCUGCAACACGACGGCCCCCACCUCGGCCUUGGCCUCGAUCGAACACGACUUGUUCACAAGGUCCAGACUGAUCUCGUCCCAGUCGUUCUUGUACAGAGUGAACUUCUGGUUGAACUCGAGCUCUGCGGUGUGGUACGAGCCGAGCGGAACGUCGUCGUGUUGGACUGUGGUUCGACCCUUGAUCCGCAUCACCUCGUCGCUCGGCGUGAAAUCCACGUUCUCCACACUCAACGACAACGAGAGCAGCUUUCUUGUAGGCUUGUCAGACGGACUUUUCUUCACGUUGCGGAUGGUUUUCAGUCGAACCUCAUCGUCCUUCCCAAUCAGAUUGUACAAAGUCCAAAGAUCCUCCUUGUCCUGCGCAACAAGCGAAACAGACCCGCUUUUAUCCUUCUCAAAGGAAGAAUGA